UUGGGUUUGAUCUGGUCUGUGCGUGCGUGCGGAAGCACCUCUCGCUCUCCCUAUCCCUCCGGCCACCGGCGGACACCGUCGACCACAGAGAGAAGGUCUCUCCCCGGUCUUGGAUUUGAAAAGGGCAUGGCCGCAAAGAAAGUUAUAGCUAUAUGUCAGUCAGGAGGAGAGUUUGUGACGAACAAGGAUGGUUCAUUAUCGUAUAAUGGGGGAGAGGCAUAUGCAAUUGAUGUUGAUCAGCAAACGCAGUUGAGUGAUUUUAAGCUGGAAGUGGCGGAAAUGUUUAAUUGUAGUAUUGAUACCAUGUCCAUCAAGUACUUCCUUCCUGAUAACAAGAAGACGCUCAUCACAAUCUCUAAAGAUAAGGACCUAAAGCGCAUGGUGAAAUUCCUGGGGGAUUCUGUCACGGUUGAUAUAUUCAUCAUGACAGAGGAAGCUGUUCCUCGGAACCAAUCCAUCAUGCCUGCUAGUAGGUCAAGCAGGACAACUGUAUCUGAAGCAGUGGUUCCUGCAGUUGCCCCUGUGGAUGCUGUUGUCGACAUGACCCAUGCCAUCGAUAAGGUUGAUAUGGACAUGGCUAAUUAUACCCAUUCAGAUAAUGCUCCUGUUAUUUCCAAUGAUGACAAGCAUCAAAAAGCUGCUCAACAGUGGGAGAACACUAUCACUGGCGUAGACCAAAGGUUUAAUAGUUUUAAUGAAUUUCGAGAAGCAUUGCAUAAAUACUCAAUUGCACAUGGUUUCGCUUACAAAUAUAAGAAAAAUGACAGUCAUCGUGUGACUGUAAAAUGCAAAUCGCAAGGUUGCCCAUGGAGGAUAUAUGCAUCUAGAUUGUCCACAACCCAGUUAAUUUGUAUUAAGAAAAUGCAUACAACACACACAUGUGAAGGUGCCAUUGUGAAAGCUGGGUAUCGGGCUACAAGGGGUUGGGUGGGAACUAUCAUAAAGGAGAAGUUGAAAGUCUCCCCAAAUUACAAGCCAAAAGAUAUUGCAGAUGAUAUCAAACGAGAGUAUGGGAUUCAACUGAACUAUUCACAAGCAUGGCGUGCAAAAGAGAUUGCUAGGGAGCAGCUUCAGGGCUCAUAUAAAGAGGCUUAUAGUCAAUUACCCUUUUUCUGUGAGAAGAUAAAGGAGACUAAUCCCGGUAGUUUUGCUACAUUUGAGACCAAGGAGGAUUCAAGCUUCCAUCGUCUCUUUAUCUCUUUCCAUGCUGCAAUAUCUGGUUUCCAGCAGGGUUGCCGCCCUCUCCUUUUCCUUGAUAGCACUCCUUUAAACUCAAAAUACCAAGGGAUGUUGUUGACUGCAACAGCUGCAGAUGGGGAUGAUGGUGUAUUUCCAGUGGCAUUUGCCGUAGUUGAUGCUGAGACUGAUGACAACUGGAGUUGGUUUCUACUGGAACUGAAAUCUGCAGUGUCAAUAGCUCGACCAAUUACCUUUGUUGCAGAUUUUCAAAAGGGUUUAAAGAAGUCUUUGGCUGAGAUAUUUGACAAUGGCUACCAUAGCUAUUGUCUUCGCUAUUUAACUGAGAAAUUAAACAAAGACUUGAAGGGGCAGUUUUCUCAUGAAGCAAGACGUUUCAUGAUUAAUGAUUUUUAUGCUGCUGCUUAUGCUUCCAGACUUGAAACUUUCCAGCGUUGUACAGAAAACAUAAAAGGCAUUUCACCUGAAGCUUACAAUUGGGUCAUACAGAGCGAGCCAGACCAUUGGUCUAAUGCAUUCUUUGGAGGAGCAAGGUAUAGCCACAUGGCAUCAAACUUUGGACAACUGUUCUACAAUUGGGUAUCUGAGGCAAAUGACUUGCCCAUAACACAGAUGGUUGAUGUGUUACGAGGUAAGAUGAUGGAAUUGAUCUAUAAACGUCGGGUGGAUUCCAGUCAAUGGAUAACAAAGCUAACACCAUCUAAGGAGGAAAAACUCCUAAAGGAUACUUCCACAGCACGAUCGCUUCAAGUGUUACUCUCGCAUGGUAGCACAUUUGAGGUUCGUGGGGAAUCUAUUGAUAUUGUUGAUAUUGAUCAUUGGGACUGUUCCUGCAAAGAUUGGCAGCUCAGUGGGUUGCCUUGCUGCCAUGCUAUUGCUGUCUUUGAAUGGAUUGGUAGGAACCCAUAUGACUAUUGCUCAAGAUACUUCACAGUUGAGAGUUACCGCUUAACGUAUGCAGAAUCAAUUCACCCUGUUCCAAAUGUAGACAGACCAGUGAAGACUGAGUCUACUCAGGUGGGAGUUAUUGUGACUCCUCCACCUACUAAACGCCCACCAGGCCGGCCAAAGAUGAAGCAGGCUGGAUCAAUAGAAACAAUUAAACGCCAACUCCAAUGCAGCAAGUGCAAGGGCCUUGGCCACAAUAAGAAGACAUGCAAAGAUUUCUAGUGCAUAUUUUAGGAUAUUGUAAGUGGUAUACUCAGCAUCGCUCUCCGCCUCAUCUUUUUUAGGCAAUUUUGGCCAGUGUAGGUUUGUGCUUGGGAGCCUAAGACGCUUCAGAUUAUCCCCUUUGCUCGUAUAAGCUAUCCAGUCCAGAUGCAAGUAAAUGCAACGGUAUUUAGUUAGCUCUGCCUUGUAAUUUUGCUGUGAAAUUUCCUUUUAUAGUUGAUAUAUUUGUUAAUGAGGUAGCGUGCAGAAGCAUGUAUGUGCAUGUAUAAAUUUGUCUUGUGCUCACUAAUUUACAAGAGCGGAAGUGGUGUUUCAUGUUUUUUUUUU